CGUCAACUCCGAGAUCCUCGUCUCUUCUUUGUGAAAUCCAGCAGACCUCUCGUUUAUCAUCUCUGCACAAAAUGACGGAAGCCGAGAAAAGACCCGUGGACUCUGCAGACGCACCCGAGCCCAAAAGGCCGCAGAGACUGUCGACGCAGAAAGGCUUUGCACCCAUCAAGCCCGAGUAUAUUCUAGAGUCCACCACUACAGACGAGGCGUAUGACGACGAGGCCGCCGAAGGCGGGGACCGGGACCAGGCCGACCAGUCCAAGCGCAGCAAAAAAGGCCGUGGCCAAAACAAGAAGCGGGACUUGAAGCAGCAGAAAGAGGACAUCAGGCUCUGCUCUUCAGUGCUCGACCCAGGCCUGGGAAAAGAAUGUGCCUACGGAGAAAAGUGCAAAAACACCCACGACGUGGACUCAUAUCUCCAGCUGAAACCCGAGGACAUUGCGGGCGACUGCCCCGUGUUUCGGGCCAUCGGCUACUGCCCCGCAGGCAUCAAGUGUCGGUGGUUGGGCAGCCACUACAACAAGGAAACAAGGGCGCUUGCCAAGGACUUGGCCUUGAUGGAAGCACAGAAGGAGUCGCCCGCGGAGCUCAACAAAAUCGACCCCGCGCACCGCAUCGCGUUGCAGAAAAACAGGUACCUGUUUGACAAGGCCAGUGUGUACAACAAGUACUUGGACUCGUUCGUGCAGAACGACGCCAACCUCGCCCGCAAGCAGGAGGACUCGAAAAACAACAUGGCCUCGUACGUGGAGCCGCCGUUCGCGCCCGCAGAGAAGAAACGCGUCCAUUUGCGCGGCGCCAAGAUCGUGUCGCCGCUCACCACUGUCGGCAACUUGCCGUACCGGCGCCUCAUGAAAACGCUUGGGGCCGACAUCACGUACUCCGAAAUGGCGCUUGCGCUCCCCCUCCUCCAAGGCACCAAGCCGGAGUGGGCGUUGCCCAAGGCCCACCGCUCGGAGUGCCCUGGCUUCGGGGUGCAGAUUGCCUCCAACCACCACCAGCAGGCCAGCAAGGCUGCCGAGGCACUUGCGCGGGAAACCACCCAUGUUUCCGAGCUCAACCUCAACUCGGGCUGCCCCAUCGACUUGCUCUACCGUCAGGGCCAGGGCUCCGCGCUUUUGGACCAGCCUCUGAAAAUGGUGCGGAUCCUCAACGGCAUGAACGCGUGUUCGGGCGAUAUCCCGGUCACGCUCAAGAUCAGAACAGGCACCAAGGACAGCAAGAACACCGCGGCCAGCUUGGUGUCGCGUGUGCUUGCCGAGACGCACGUGGCCGCCAUCACGCUCCACGGCCGCUCCAGACAGCAGCGGUACACCCGGGAGGCCGACUGGAAUUACAUUGCCGAGGUGGGCAAAGUGGUGCAGGACUGGAACCAUGCCAACGAGCAGAACAAGGACUUGCGGGACGCGCCCCCCACUUGGUUUGUUGGAAACGGUGACUGCUUCACGUUCGAGCAGUGGCACGAUGCCGUCAACACCGAGGGCAUUGACUCGGUCAUGGUGGCCCGCGGUGCGUUGAUCAAGCCGUGGAUAUUCGAGGAGAUCGACGCCCAGCAGUACUUGGACAAGAGCGCCACGGAGCGGCUCGAGUACAUGCGCCAGUUUGCUGACUUUGCGGUUGAGCACUGGGGCUCCGACGAGUACGGCAUUGAAAAUGCCCGGCGCUACAUGUGCGAGUUUAUUGGGUUCACCCACAGAUACAUUCCCGUGGGGAUCCUCGAGCGGCUCCCUCCCAAAUUGAACGAGCGGCCCCCAAAGUGGAAGGGCAGAAACGAGCUCGAGACCUUGUUGGGGUCUACGGACUACAGGGACUGGAUCAAGAUCACUGAAAUGUUCUUGGGCAAGGCCAGUUCCAACUUCCUGUUUGUGCCCAAGCACAAGAGCAAUGCUUACGAGUCCAAGUAGAGAACUGGCUGGAAAGCAGUUCUGGUGGCCGGGGUCUAAAGCGAGAAGUAGGAUGCAUUUCUCAUGUCCUACAUAUGUUUUUUGGACUGUGUGGCCUCUUCGCUGGACUUCUCGAUUCAAGCUCCCAUGAAUGGACCCCCUGCCUAAACUGACUAUCAUGGUACCCUUCGGUGUCUGGUCUCACAUUCUUUACUUCCGCACAGCAACAUCUUGCAAAUGAUCGAUCGGGGUUCAGGAUUCACUUGCUUCCAUUCAUUGAACAGGGCUGCUAUUAGAUUUAUACACUUGCUGCUGCAGAAGAGUGAUCUGCUGAAGCUUCCCUAUACUUACAUACCUACUAGAUUCUCGUGUAUACAUUAUGGAAGCAGUCGAUUUUAGCUCUAUGGAAAUGAAAGUCUGGUCAAGCUCGUUAAGUAGCCCUGAUCUUUUCGAGGCUUGCCAAUUAUCAAGCUGUCCUGGUGCACUGUAAGUUUAGCAUUGUGAAAUCAUAUGGCGG